CGAAGCACAGUAAUGACGGAAACAUCAGAUUUGUGUUGUGUUUAUAAUCUGAAUGGAAUUAUUUAGAUCAGUGGCUAUGAAUAUAGUAGUGUUGAAUCUCUUAAGCAAGAUAGGUGUAUUGCAGUGUGUGGAUAAGCGCUGAGAAGUAGAGAAUAAUUUUCACAAAUGUCUAGUUACAUAAAAAGGGAACCAUCUCGGAGAUCCGAUGAUACCAUGGACGACGACGGUGAUGACAAGGAUGAUACCAAACGGAAAUCUCGAAAUUUGAGUGAGAAGAAACGUCGAGACCAGUUCAACAUGCUAAUCAAUGAAUUAAGUUCGAUGGUUUCUACAAACAAUCGUAAAAUGGAUAAAUCAACUGUUCUGAAGUCUACUAUAUCAUUUUUGAAAAAUCAUAAUGAACUAGCUGUUCGCUCAAGAGCACAUGAGAUUCAGGAAGACUGGAAACCGUCUUUCCUGUCAAAUGAAGAGUUUACACACCUUAUUUUAGAGGCAUUAGACGGUUUCAUCAUGGUGUUCUCCUCAUCUGGAAGGAUCUUUUAUGCUUCUGAGAGCAUUACUUCUCUCCUUGGCCAUUUACCAAGUGACUUAAUGAAUAUGACGAUCUAUGACAUGGUGUAUGAGGAGGAUCAGUCAGCUCUCUACAACAUACUACUGAACCCAGCUAGCAGUGUUGACUCAAUGAACUAUGGUGACACAAAAGAAAAUCAAGUAUCCUUUUCAUGUCACAUGCGUCGAGGUGGUCUGGAUUUCCGAGAUGAGGAUACAUAUGAGCUUGUUCAGUUUGUGGGCUAUUUUCGGUCAGAUAUUGAUCCAUUGGAGGUUGAUCACCUUAUUUCCAGCAGUAAUCGGCUGGUCAAUUUCUCUGGAGAAGUAGGCAUGAAAUUAGUUUUUGUCGGUGUUGGACGCUUGCAGACUCCACUAUUAAUCCGUGAAAUGUCAGUUGUGGACUCUACUAAAAGUGAAUUCACUUCAAGACAUAGCCUAGAAUGGAAAUUCUUGUUCCUUGAUCACAGAGCACCUCCCAUUAUUGGCUAUUUACCAUUUGAAGUACUGGGUACAUCAGGUUAUGAUUAUUACCAUGUGGAUGAUCUUGAGAAAGUUGUCACGUGCCAUGAAGCUUUGAUGCAGAAGGGAGAAGGUACUUCUUGCCAUUAUCGUUUUCUGACCAAAGGGCAGCAGUGGAUAUGGUUACAAACUAGGUUCUACAUAACUUACCAUCAAUGGAACUCGAAGCCAGAGUUCAUUGUAUGCACACACAGAGUUGUCAGUUACAUGGAUGUAAUGAAGCAAAUGAGAAAGGACCCUGAAGAAGGUGAACGAAGCCAAGACAGUGAGAUGGGUGCAUGGGAAUCUUCUGAUAAACAAGUGGGUACUACAUCACAAGGUAGCAUCUCUUCUAGUGCCUGGACUUCUCGAUCUUCAGCAGGGAAAGUCUCUAGAGCAGAGACAAAAUCGCCAGUGACACAGAAGCAGCAUCAGUCUGGAUGUACUACGAACACAGUUCCUUCUGCAGCUACUACUCCAGGUUCUGCUACACCUAGUCCUGGAUCUGCAUGUGAUUCUGCUGUGGGUGUUGCAGCAACCAGCUCCUCUGCACAGGCAACAUCAUCAAGAAAUUCACAACUUAGCACGCGACGGUCGAAGUCAGUCAGCAGCAAAAUACAGAUGCCUGUAACUCCACCAGCUCAACAGCAGCGGCAACAGCAGCAGCAACAACAGCAGCAACAACAACAACAACAACAAGAACAGUCAUCAUCUAAUGCGAUACCAACCUCAACGUCCCAAGUUUCACUACCAGUGGCAGCUCCAUUCUUAGAAGCCCAGCAGCAGUAUGUUACAGCCAUACCUGUCCAGCCAGUAUUGGCUACAGGUUUCCCAGCUGUUGUUACUACAUUGCCUGCAACUGAGCUGGUGCGGCAGCCAAUUGCAAUGACAACAGCGCAGAACACCAUUCAGGAGCAGUUGCAGCGCAAGCAUGAAGAGCUUCAGCAGUUGAUAGUACAACAACAAGAGGAACUUCGUCGUGUCUCAGAGCAGUUGUUUAUGGCACGCUAUGGUCUUCUUUCGCCUAUGUCACUUAAUAUCAGCAGCACUGCUGCCAGUCACCUUGUUACACUGCCAUACAAUGCAGCUGUUAGUAGCACAACUUCUGUGGGACGAGAGGGUGAAUCAUCUACUCCUGUCUCAUCAGAGCUUUACCAUGCGCCGAUCACUGUGGCUACUGUCACAGCCCGCACCCAUACACCAACGGCUUCCAUCAUGAUAGAUCCUCAGCAGGUGAAUUUGCAAGCUCAUGGAACAGAGGAACCAAUACCUUUUCAGCUUUCUCAGCAACAAGCGCAGUUGCUCUUUUCGUCUCCUAAUUCUGGACAACAACAACAGUGACCAAAUGGUGAAUUUCUCUAAACAUAAACAACACUAGUAAUUUCCAGACAUCAGAUACAGGUUAUUAAUAUCAAGAAAUGUUAUUUGUAGGAUACAGCUACUGUAAAAUUCAUGUUAUGUUUUGUAUUUCUAUUGUAUAUUGAAGAUAAUGUACAGGGUCUUAAAGUUGUUUGUAUAUAAUAUUGUAUAGAAUUUAAAAAUGAGAAAUAUUUUUGUGAUAGUAAUACAUCAAUGCUGUGAACAGAUGCAUUCCUUUAUU